GCGACAGAGAUAAAUGAGCCUAUUUGGUCGGUAGUCUCUUUCUAAUUCAAGGGGAGUAUUGACGACGUCACUAUCCUACUCGGUCGUCGAGUAUUUUAGAUGGUUUGACAGUUCGAGCGGAUGGCGACGAGAACUGGUCGUUUGUCUUCGGACGUGGAUAAUCCUGUUUCAAAUGAAGUUCCGGAAUACCCUGUGGUAUCCCCAUCGUCGGGUGCGAUAUUUGAAAAAAGGAUAAUUGAAAAAUACAUACAGGAAAAUGGCGUGGAUCCUAUUAGUGGCAAAGAACUGACAAUAGAUGAUUUAAUUGAAAUAAAAACUCCUCCUGUUGUUAAACCGAAACCACCUAGUGCAACUAGCAUUCCCGCGACCUUAAAGCUUUUACAGGAUGAAUGGGAUGCUGUUAUGUUAUAUAGUUUUACACAGAGACAACAGCUUCAAACAGCUAGACAAGAAUUAAGUCAUGCCCUGUACCAACAUGAUGCAGCUUGCAGAGUAAUUGCCAGGCUUAAUAAAGAAGUCACAGCUGCAAGAGAAGCCCUUGCUACACUUAAACCCCAAGCUGGAAUUACAACAGUUCCACAGCCGGCUGUUGCUGCUGAAGCUGCAGGUGUAGCAAACCAACCAACUGAACAAGCUGGUAUGAGUGAAGAAAUCAUAGAAAAAUUACAAGAAAAGGCUACAGUGUUGACAUUAGAACGUAAACAGAAGGGGAAAACGGUACCUGAAGAUUUGACAACCCCUGAGCAGUUACGAAACUUCAGAACAUUAUCCUCACUUAUCGGAUUACAUUCAGCAAGUAUCCCUGGUAUAUUAGCAUUAGAUGUUCAUUUAUCAGACACAAGUAAAGUGUUGACAGGUGGUAAUGAUAAGAAUGCUACUGUAUUUAAUAAAGAUACUGAACAAGUAGUUGCCAUAUUAAAAGGACAUACCAAAAAAGUCACAAAGGUUAUUUACCAUCCAGAUGAAGAUUUAGUUUUAACUGCUUCUCCAGAUGCCACCAUUCGUGUCUGGAAUGUACCAACAUCACAAACAACUUUACUUUUGCGACCUCAUGAAGGUCCUAUUACUGGUUUGUCAUUACAUCCUACAGGAGACUAUGUACUGUCGACAUCAGAAGAUCAAUAUUGGGCGUUUUCAGAUAUAAGAACUGGAACUUUGUUAGCUAAACUUUCAGAUAAUACCAAUACACCUUUAACAACAGCACAGUUACAUCCUGAUGGUUUAAUUUUUGGAGUUGGUACAGCAGAUUCUCAAGUCAAAAUUUGGGACUUAAAAGAACAGACUACAGCUGCAAAUUUCACAGGACAUUCCGGAGCAAUUUCAUCUAUAUCAUUCUCUGAAAAUGGUUACUAUUUAGCGACAGCUGCUGAUGAUGCUUGUGUAAAACUGUGGGAUUUGCGAAAGUUACGAAAUUUCAAAACAUUACAAUUAGAUGAAGGUUACCAGAUCAAAGAUCUCUGCUUUGACCAGAGUGGUGCAUAUCUAGCGGUAGCUGGAACAGAUGUUAGAGUGUACCUUUGCAAACAAUGGCAAGAACUGAAAGUAUUUAACGAUCACACUGCUACUGCUACCGGAGUUCGAUUCGGUAAACAUGCCAGAUUUAUUGCCUCGACUUCCAUGGACAGAACGUUAAAAUUGUAUGGUUUAGAUUAAAAGAAUUCAAUAGUAAAUAUCUUUAAAUAUGAACUUAACCUUCUUCUAUUUGAGCGCUCUUAUUGUUUCUGGUUAUAUUAUUGGUUGUACAGCAAGUAUUUGGAACUGAAAAUUAAAGCUAUUUGGUGCUUUGCAUUCUGUUUCCUUAUUAGCGUUUGUAGGACAAAUGUUUUUAACACGGGAAAUCAAAAGUUUUAUCUUAGUCAGAAUUUUAAGAAACAGGGAUGCAGAAAAUUGUAAAAUUGCUUUGGUAAAAAGUUCAUAUUUUUAGAUUUUCAUUAUUGUGUAACUGUAAUUUAAGCUUAGAGUGUCUUUUAUUAUAAAGAUCAAAGAUGUUUUUAUGGAUUCCAGUCUGUUUUUUAUAUAGAAUAAGCAAUUUAUAAAUGUGUCAAUAAAAAACAACUUAAAAAUUA